AUGUAUGAAAGCCACUGUCAACACUGUGACAAAUCCUUCACAAGAUCUGGAUAUUUAAAGAUUCAUCAGAGAGUUCACACUGGAGACAACUUACACAGCUGUGAUCAAUGUGGGGCAGCUUUCACACGACGGAGUACCCUAAAAAUACAUCAACGUAUUCACACUGUAGAGAAGCCUUAUAGCUGUGAUCAAUGUGGGGCAGCUUUCACACGACAUAGUAAUCUAAAAAUACAUCAACACAUUCACACUGGAGAGAAGCCUUACAGCUGUGAUCAAUGUGGUAAAACCUUUUCUCAUAACAGUAGCCUUAAAUCUCACCAGCGCAUUCACACUGGAGAGAAGCCUUAUAGCUGUGAUCAAUGUGGGGCAGCUUUCACACGACAUAGUAACCUAAAAAUACAUCAACGCAUUCACACUGGAGAUAAACCUCACAGCUGUGAUCUAUGUGGUACAACAUUUUCUAGGAAUGAUAACCUAGAAGUGCACCGACGUGUUCACACUGGAGAGAAGCCUUACAGCUGUGAUCAAUGUGGGAAAAGUUUUACUCAGCCUAGCGACCUUAAAUCUCACCAGCACAUUCACACUGGAGAGAAGCCAUACAGCUGUGAACAAUGUGGGAAAAGUUUUACUCAGAGUAGUAGUCUUAAAAAACACCAGCGCAUUCACACUGGAGAGAAGCCGUACUGGUGUGAGCAAUGUGGGAAAACAUUUUCUGUGAGUAGUCACCUUAAAUCACAUCAACGCAUUCACACUGGAGAGAAGCCGUACAGCUGUGAUCUUUGUGGUAAAACUUUUUCACAGAGCAAUAGCCUUGAAUUUCACCGACGUGUUCACACUGGAAGAAGCCGUACUGGUGUGAUCAAUGUGGUAAAACUUUUUCUCAGAGUGGUAACCUUAAAUCUCACCAGCGCCUUCACUCUGCCUCGUUAUGAACAAGUUUCCGAGCCAAGCUGUUUCCCUCUGCCUCCUCCUCGUGCCCUGAUAGCUGUGUUGUUAUUUUCUGAUCUUCUCUCCACAUUGAAGGCUGACCAGCAGUAACUUUAUCUUCUGAACAGCUUGUACGUUAUCCUGCCUAGGACUACACAUCACACUCCAUCCCUUUUGAAGGGAUUUAUUACACUCAAAAUUAGAGGUCGACCGAUACCGAUAGCUAGGUUGGGCCGUAUUUGCCGAUAACUGAUUAAUCAACCGAUAGUAUUUACACUUUGAAUUUCGUCAUGGCAUUUAUAUAACACAUACUCUAUGGUCUUACAAAGCUAAUGUUUUUGACCGAUUACAAUUUAAUCAAUUUUUGUGACCUGGAGAGGUGUUAGGAGGAAGCUAGCUAUAGCUCUGUUUGCCAUUCAUUCCAAUGGAGAAACAUCGCGGCUAGACUUUCGACAUACAUUCCAUUCCAUUUUUGUGAAUUAGAGAAGUCUCGUCAGGGCAGCGGCAUUUCGGUGAAACGGUAACCCAGAAAGGGUGACUUUGCGCCGGCUGCAGAGCCCCGCUGGCUGCUGAUAGCUCUGUGCCCGAGUAGCAGUGCUUCGGCUGUAGUCUACUUCCACCCAAUAGUCCCAAGUCAAUA